CUGAUUCUCAGCACGUCGAGCAACCUGUCGUCCGAGCUGAGCGCGGCGAGCCUGAGCCCGGGCAGCGGGUGCGGGCCCCGAUGAGUACUGGUCUGCCAGGCGCUGCUGCCAGCUCUGCCCCGCAGGCCAGUAUGUCGAGGAGCCAUGCAGCAGCCCCCACACCCGGAGCAAGUGUGAGGCGUGUGACACAGGGACGUACACGGGGGACACGCCAACGGCCUGCGGUCCUGCCUGCUGUGCACCACCUGCCGCGAGGACCAGGAGAUGGUGAGUGACUGCACCCCGAAACGGAACCGGAGGUGCCAGUGCAAAACUGGGGAGUUCUACUGCGACUCAGAGCCCUGCCCGGAGAGCUGCUACCGCUGCACCAGGUGCCCCGAGGGGAAGAUCGUCCUGCAGACGUGCAACGCCACGGCGGACACCCUGUGCGGCCGGCCCGGCCCAGGGCCAGGGAGCCGACACCGGUUCUGGGGGAUGGCGGGCUGGCUCUUUGCCGCGGUGGUCGGGGCCCUCGUCAUUCUCUGCGUCAGGAAACCCGGAGACGGAGGCGGCCGGGCGGCCUGCUGCUGUCCCCAUGCAGGACCUGUCUCCACAGGACGCCCUUACAGAAGAGACAGCCUGGAGAGCUCAGUGCCCUUCGUGUCAUCGCCUGAGGCCCCAGAUGCAGACGCUCCGGUCCCCACGACGGGCGCCCUCCACCUGCCUGAAGACCGGCUGGACGUGGCGUCCGAGUCCCUGAUCCUCCCCGGGACCCCGGAGAGCCCGGCGGGAGACGGCCCGCGGCCGGAGGCGGAGGCAGGUGAUGAGGCCGGGCCCCAGGCUGGUCACCACGACCUGACCCUUCUUAACCCCCUGCCCCCUGGGCCUGAGGGUCCGGCUGAGGUCCCGAGGGAUCUUGUGGACACAAAGGGGCCACCUACUGCCGCUGAGGAGCUCAGGAGGCCUGCGAGGCUGCCUUACUGCCUCGGAGACCAGGUGACCACACAGGAUGGUCUGAAAUCAAAACUUUCUGAGCCUGGCCAGCAUCACUCAGUGGUUAGUGCAUCGGACUGUGCACAGAAGGGUGGGAAGUUCCAUUUCUGGUCCAGGGCUUGUGUCUGGGUUGCAGGUUCACUCCCCACCCGUCAGAGCCCCUGAGUGAGACAGCCAGUCAAUGAGUCUCUCUCUCUCCCCGCUCCCUCCACCCCUUAUACCCCCUUUGGAGACUCCAUGGAAAGCAUAUCCUCAGGAGGAUUCACUUCCUAAUCCUAACCCCCAACCAUAAAAUUAUUUUCGUUGCUACUUCAUAACUAUAAUUUUGCUACUGUUAUGAAUCAUCAUAUAAAUAUCUGAUAUGCGGAGAGAAACCAAGAUGGGUUAGGCAUAGGUAAACACUGGAAAUUGCUGCCUCACACAACCACUUCAAAAAUACAACUAAAAGACUAAACAGACAUCAUCUAGAACCACAGGAAGGCUGGCUGAGUGGAAAUUCUACAACUAGAAGGAAAGAGAAAAGCACACUGAGACUCAGA